CUACAACUCACAGAAGGCUGCGCGAGCCGAGAGGCCUUCCGGACGCUGACGUAGGAGCCGCGCCGGGCUAGGGAGACGCGGGCGAAGUGCUCAUGACGAAGUUAGCGCAGUGGCUUUGGGGACUGGCGCUCCUGGGCUCCACCUGGGCGGCCCUGACCACGGGGGCCCUGGGCCUGGAGCUGCCCUCGCCAUGCCGGGAGGUACUGUGGCCACUCCCGGCCUACUUGCUAGUGUCCGCCGGCUGCUAUGCCCUGGGCACGGUGGGCUACCGCGUGGCCACUUUUCACGACUGUGAGGACGCCGCCCGCGAGCUGCAGAGCCAGAUCCAGGAGGCCCGCGCCGACUUAGCCCGCAGGGGGAUGCGCUUCUGACACCCCAGCCCAUUCCUACCCGACAGCCUUUCCUCUCGCGGCCCAUUAAAGAGAAGUUUAUUUUCUAA